AUGGGUGAUGUGGCUGGUGAGUGUCCAUUGGGACUCCGUCGUGUGCCAUUGAGACAGGUUGGGCAUGACACCAUAGGCGACUGGCAAGGGGAAAUCUACUCUGAUGCCUUUACGGGAUAUAGCUCCAACGUGUUCAAUCGUUUCCUCAACACCCCAGCCCAUCUCACCCAUGGCUACCUGGACUCGUGGAGAACUCAACACUGCAACGCCAGGAAUCUCCUGGGAGGUAUUCUUGCGGAAGAGACCAGUGAACUUGCCUCCCACACACCUUGGAUGGAGUUCCGCUCCGCCCACCUCUCCAGCUAUAGCGACAAGGUACCACUCUUGGACAGCAAUGGUGUCACCCUCAACCUGAAGGACAUCUAUGCCAUCCUCUGGAAGGCAAAGUAUGGCUCAAUCAGACUGACCGAGGGUCAAUGGCAGCUCAGUGUCUUCCACGGCCUCAAGCUCCCAGACAUCUUCAAGGUCAUCAGCACCCUGAGAGGACCAUCUUCACGUAACGCCCUCUUCAGGUU